AUGCCGAAGGCGCCUGCAGCCUGUGCAGGAGACUCGGAGUCGAAUGUUGGGGAUAUGGUCAACCCCUUCCUUCCUGGACCAAAGUCAAUAUACUCCAUUGCUUUUUCUUGGCGCCUUUGGACUGACGAUGGUUUGUUUGCAUGGCUCGGCGUUCAGGACCCGCAGACACUGCAAAACUACAAGAAGCAGCUGCAGACAGCUGUUGUAUUAAAUCGCCAACGGAUCUUUUAUGAAUCUCAGGGUCACAACGCGGGGUCGCUCAGCACCUAUGGCCAAGGAGAGCAAGCGUUCUCGGUGUUCUCUGUCGCCAACACGAGUUUCCCGGAGGACUUGAACGAUCUCGACGUAGAUACCCAGAGCCUCUCAGAUCUCAUGAACUCAGUGGGAGCCGUCGAUGCCUCCUCCUCACCAACUACCCAUUACUCACCGAUGCCGCAAAACCUGCAUUUUACACACGCACCCGCGGAUACGUACGGGUUUUAUAAUGGACAAGGCCACCCAAACUCAUAA